AUGGUCUCCCCUGACCGACUGAAGGAGAUCUGGGUCCCCAUCUCGGACCAAUAUGCCUAUAAGAAGCGCAAGCUCCGCGUGGCCACGAUCGGGGCGGGCUUCUCGGGCCUGAUCUUUGCCCACAAGAUCCAGCACGAGCAGCCGGAGCUGCAAGAGUUCGUCGACCACGUCAUCUUCGAAGCCAACGACGACGUCGGCGGGACGUGGAAGGUCAAUACGUACCCGGGCGUGCAAUGCGACGUGCCGGCGCAUAUCUAUGCAUUUCCGUUCGACCCGAAUCCCAACUGGUCCAAGUUCUAUGCCGACGGCCCGGAGAUUCUCGAAUACGUGCAGGGAGUGGUCAACAAGUGGAACCUGAAGCGGGACAUUCAGUUCAACACUCGAGUGGUUGCCCUCAAUUGGCUGGAAGAGGAAGGGAAAUGGAAGAUCCGGGUCCGGAAGGAUGGACAGGAGGAAAGGGAUGAGUUCGCGGACGUUCUUGUUUCGGCGCAGGGGUUUCUCAGUCAAUGGAACUGGCCAGAUAUACCCGGCCUCCAGACUUUCAAGGGCCACAAAGUGCAUUCGGCCGGCUGGGAUCAUUCCUAUGACUACUCGCACAAGAGAAUCGGAAUCAUUGGCAAUGGAUCAUCCGCCAUCCAGAUCCUGCCCCAGAUGGCCAAGCUGCCCGGCACACAGGUGGUGAGCUUCCAGCGGGGAGCCACUUGGAUCACCCAGAUGGACCCUGCGGAUGGAGAGGUGGGAAGCAAGUUCAACCCGAGAUACACGAAGAGCGACAAGAGGAGGUUUCGGAACCCAGAGAAGCACAAGGCCUACCGCAAGAUGUUGCAGCAUGGCAUGAACAAAGGAUUCAGGCUGUUCCGCAAAGGCUCUGUCCAAAACGCCAAAUCCACCGAGGUCACCGUCGAGCGGAUGCGCGCCGCGUUGAACAACAACCCGGAGCUCUGCGAGAAGCUGAUCCCGAACUGGACGCUGGGCUGUCGGCGCCUGACCCCCGGCGAAGGCUACCUGGAGGCCUUCCUCUUGCCCACGGUGUCGCUGGAGAAGUCGCCCAUCGCACGGAUCACCGAGACAGGCAUCGAGACGGAAUCCGGGGGCCACUACGACCUGGACGUGAUCGUGUGCGCCACGGGCUUCGACGUCUCGCACGUCCCCCACUACCCGGUGACGGGACGCAACGGGAUGACGCUGGCGGAGAAGUGGAAGGACGAGCCCGAGAGCUACCUGAGCGUGGCGUGCCCGGACUUCCCCAACUACUUCCUGUUCACGGGGCCGAACGCGACCGUCGGCCACGGCACGCUGAUCACCAGUAUGACCUGGACGGCCGAGUACAUCGUCAAGUGGCUGCACAAGAUCGCGGGCGAGGACGUGCACUCGGCGGCGCCGCGCCAGGACGCGACCGACGAGUUCGUCGCGUACGGCGACGAGAUCCACCAGACGCUCACCUGGACGGGCGCCUGCAAGAGCUGGUACAAGAACCACCGCGUCGACGGCCGCGUCACCGCCACCUGGCCCGGCAGCGCCCUGCUCUACCGCGAGGUCAUCCUGCGCGAGAUCCGCGGCGAGGACUGGGACGUGCGCUACCGCUCGCGCAACCGCUGGCGCGGCGUCCUAGGCAACGGCUUCACCAGGCUGGAGACCGAGGCCGAGGAGAAGGAGACGCAGGGCGAGUCGGUCGAUCUGGCCUUCUAUGUCGAGCGGUGA